CGAGCGGGACACGGAAAUGCCCGAAGUGCGACGAGUAACGCGGGAGCCUGACGGAAAAUCGCGAAAGAGGCCGGAAAUACCCGAGGAGCUGCUUGCGUCGGCGUAUCUUGGUUCUUCUCUGAAGUUCCCAGUGAGACAAGAUGCCUCCCAAGAAGCCUGAACCUAAGAGGGACAUGGCCAAGCCAGCCCCAGCUGCUGCCCCAGCCCCUGCUCCAGCGUCAGCUCCUGAACCUCCCAAGGAGCCAGCCUUUGACCCCAAGAGUGUGAAGAUAGACUUCUCCGCCGACCAGAUUGAAGAGUUUAGAGAGGCCUUCUCGUUGUUUGACCGGACCCCAGUUGGAGAGAUGAAGAUAACCUACGGGCAGUGUGGGGAUGUGCUGCGGGCCCUGGGCCAGAAUCCCACCAAUGCCGAGGUGCUGCGUGUCCUGGGCAAGCCCAAGCCGGAAGAGAUGAAUGCCAAGAUGCUGGACUUUGAGACAUUCCUGCCCAUCCUGCAGCACAUCUCCCGCAACAAGGAGCAGGGCACGUACGAAGACUUCGUGGAGGGGCUGCGCGUCUUCGACAAGGAGAGCAACGGCACCGUCAUGGGUGCCGAACUUCGGCAUGUCCUUGCCACCCUGGGAGAGAAGAUGACUGAAGCCGAAGUGGAGCAGCUGCUGUCUGGGCAGGAGGAUGCCAAUGGCUGCAUCAAUUACGAAGCCUUUGUCAAGCACAUCAUGUCUGGGUAAAGCAGAUUCCUGCAGAGUGCCUGGAAGGUUAGCAAGAGGCCCACAGUGACUGACAUGGAGUCCUGGACUUCUCACUGCGCCAGCCCAAGGACCUUCCAACCCUGAGCCCUUCUGGUAAAUAAAUAGCUCCAGCAAGGCUGGGCCAGCUUCCCUGAUUC